UUACUUGAUUCAUUUUUCUGUUCUUCGGAUCUAAACUCUCUGGCUGCAAACAGAAUUUGGAAGCUGUAGCCUGUAGGUGGGUGCAACUCCACUCUCGCUUUCAGUGAACCCAGCUAUUGGGAAAUGGAGGACGCGCACGCCAGAUCUGUCACUGAGGUCUUGGAUUUUUUUGGGGUUGACCCAUCACGAGGUCUCACAGACGAUCAGGUUUUGCAUCAUGCUAAAAUUUACGGUAAAAACUUGCUACCUGAGGAGAAAAGGGCCCCAUUUUGGAAAUUGGUUUUGAAGCAGUUUGAUGAUUUACUAGUAAAGAUAUUAAUUGUUGCAGCAGUUGUUUCUUUCCUUCUGGCUCUGAUAAAUGGAGAGACAGGCGUUACAGCAUUUUUGGAGCCUUCAGUAAUAUUACUAAUAUUGGCUGCAAAUGCAGCAGUAGGAGUGAUUACGGAAACAAAUGCUGAAAAGGCUCUUGAGGAACUACGGGCAUACCAGGCAGAUGUUGCUACCGUGAUGAGAAAUGGUUGCUUUUCAAUACUUCCGGCUACUGAGCUUGUUCCUGGCGACAUAGUAGAAGUUGUUGUGGGUUGCAAAAUUCCAGCUGAUAUGAGAAUGAUUGAGAUGCUAAGUAAUCAGAUACGCGUUGAUCAAGCAAUUCUCACAGGUGAGAGCUGCUCUGUUGAAAAAGAGCUCGAGUCCACAAGAGCAAUAAAUGCUGUAUAUCAAGACAAGACAAAUAUUCUUUUCUCUGGCACAGUGGUGGUUGCUGGCAGGGCUCGGGCUAUUGUGGUAGGAGUUGGUGCAAAUACUGCCAUGGGAAAUAUACGAGAUUCUAUUUUGCAAACAGAUGAUGAGGCGACACCAUUGAAAAAGAAGCUAGAUGAAUUUGGUACUUUUUUGGCAAAGGUUAUUGCUGGAAUUUGUGCACUUGUAUGGAUAGUGAACAUUGGUCACUUUCGUGAUCCUUCUCAUGGUGGGGUUGUGAGUGGUGCAAUACAUUACUUUAAGGUGUUUGGCUCUUGGCACCAAGCGAAUGGCACGCCUGAAUGCAAUUGUGAGGUCUUUGCCAUCUGUUGAAACUUUGGGCUGUACUACUGUUAUAUGUAGUGACAAGACUGGAACUUUGACUACCAAUAUGAUGUCCGUCUCCAAGAUUUGUGUGGUCCAUUCUGUUUUGCAUGGUCCACAGCUUUCUGAGUAUAGUGUCAGUGGUACAACGUAUGCUCCUGAUGGUAUUAUUUUUGACAGCUCGGGAGUACAGCUUGAGUUUCCAGCACAAUUGCCUUGUAUUCUACACAUGGCAAUGGGCUCUGCCCUCUGCAACGAGUCCACUUUGCAAUAUAACCCAGACAAGGGGAGCUAUGAAAAAAUUGGUGAAUCAACUGAAGUAGCAUUGCGUGUCUUUGCUGAAAAGGUUGGUCUUCCUGGUUUUACUUCAAUGCCGUCUGCUCUAAAUAUGCUAAGCAAGCAUGAACGAGCAUCCUACUGUAACCACCACUGGGAGAGCCAAUUCAAAAAGAUUUCGGUACUGGAAUUUUCUCGUGAUCGCAAGAUGAUGAGCAUUUUAUGUAGCAGAAAUCAGUCACAUAUCUUAUUCUCCAAGGGUGCUCCUGAGAGCAUUAUCUCAAGAUGCUCAAGUAUUCUUUGCAAUGAAGAUGGUUCCACCAGUGUUUUAACUGCUAGUAUUCGUACUGAACUGGAAGCAAGAUUUCAAAGUUUUGCAGGAAAUGAAAUGCUUAGAUGCCUGGCUAUUGCAUUUAAAUUGAUUCCUGCGAGUCAGCAGAGUUUAUCCUUUGGUGAUGAGCAAGACCUAACAUUCAUUGGGUUGGUUGGAAUGCUUGAUCCACCAAGAGAGGAAGUGAGAAAUGCUAUGCUUUCAUGCAUGACUGCCGGAAUACGUGUUAUAGUUGUAACCGGAGACAAUAAGUCAACUGCGGAAUCACUUUGCCGCAAGAUUGGUGCUUUUGAUCACUUGGUAGAUCUAACCGAUCAUUCUUUUACUGCUUCUGAAUUUGAAGAGCUACCUGCUAUGCAACAAACAAUCGCAUUGCAACGAAUGGCUCUAUUCACCAGGGUCGAACCUUCUCAUAAGAGAAUGCUUGUGGAGGCCUUACAACAUCAGAAUGAAGUGGUUGCUAUGACAGGUGAUGGCGUCAAUGAUGCACCUGCGUUGAAGAAAGCAGAUAUAGGAAUUGCUAUGGGUUCAGGAACAGCAGUUGCUAAGAGUGCUUCUGAUAUGGUUUUGGCUGAUGACAAUUUUGCUUCUAUUGUUGCGGCUGUUGCAGAGGGCCGAGCUAUCUACAAUAACACCAAGCAGUUCAUCAGAUACAUGAUCUCUUCAAAUAUUGGUGAAGUAGUUUGUAUAUUUGUGGCAGCUGUUCUUGGAAUACCAGAGACUCUUGCCCCUGUGCAACUUCUUUGGGUCAACUUGGUCACUGAUGGGUUGCCUGCAACAGCAAUUGGAUUUAAUAAACAAGACUCUGAUGUAAUGAAAGCCAAGCCACGAAAGGUGAAUGAAGCUGUGGUGACUGGGUGGUUGUUCUUUCGUUAUUUGGUAAUUGGAGCUUAUGUCGGUCUUGCAACAAUUGCUGGCUUCAUAUGGUGGUUUAUAUACUCUGACAGCGGUCCUAAGCUAACUUACAAUGAAUUGAUGAAUUUUGAUACUUGCUCAACAAGAGAGACAACAUACCCUUGCAGUAUAUUUGAGGAUCGGCACCCAUCGACUGUGUCUAUGACUGUACUAGUUGUUGUCGAGAUGUUCAAUGCUUUAAAUAAUCUAAGUGAAAAUCAAUCUCUUCUUGUUAUUCCUCCCUGGAGUAAUUUAUGGCUCGUUGCUUCCAUUUUCUUAACUAUGAUCCUUCACAUGCUGAUUAUGUAUGUGCGACCACUCGCUGUUCUUUUCUCUGUAACGCCACUAUCUUGGGCUGAGUGGACUCUGGUUUUGUAUCUUUCGUUUCCAGUUAUUAUAAUUGAUGAGAUACUAAAGUUCUUUUCACGACGCUCUAGUGGCAGGAUCAGGCUUCCAUUCAGAUUCAGAAGGCAUGAUUUACUUCCAAAGAAGGAAUUGCGUGACAAGUAGGAAAACGUCGUUAUACUAAAGCAACAAGCAUGGCUGAUUAACAAGGAUGAAGAUUGAUGUCACUCUUGUUUUAUCCUAUCCAACCUCAAGAAUUCAACCCGAGUGCAUUCACUAGUAUUCAUUAAUCUUAUACCGGAAUAUUCCCACGAGGCUGACGUUAACAGUACCCCAAGCUACAGGUCAGUAUUACUACACAACAAUCGUGAAGAGAAAGCGGAAAGAUGAAUCUGCUGGUGAAAACUUGUGGGGUACUAAUCUUUUGAAUUUGAUCUGUUAGUUUAAAAUUUAUCCUAACAUGAAAAUUAACAUUUUUGGUUCUGGAAUUUUGUUUUUUCACAUAGCAAAUCUCGACAGAACAAUUUUUGCUGCAAUUUAUAUUAUCAAUUCCUCCAUGGGAGGAAUUUGCUGUUAAAUUGGUUCAAAGAUGAUUGGUGUGGGAGGUAAGGUAGCAGCACUUUGUAGGUUCCUUGCAAAAGGGAACAUUUCCAAAUGAACUCAUUGCUAGAAGUUACCUGUUCAAUUGCACCA